GUUACGCGUUUCUGAGUUAUUUGAAAAAGCGAAAAGCUACUAAUAUAUUUUAAAUAGAUAGCUAGAUGUUAGUUAACGUUACUGUUUUAAUGUAGACAUAAAUGCAUGUCGAAGCCUAGCUGGCAGCAUACCACUGACAGAGGGUACUCAACGUUAACGUUGCACACACUUACACACUCCUCAGCCAACAGCUAAGUUAACGUUAUGGUAGUAACCUAGCAUCACAUAGAUGUCACUAAUUAUGUUGUAGUAGCUUAGCUAACGUUAAGGAUUUAUAUUGAUUGUUUCCAUGGGUAAACCCUGAACCAAAUGGAUAGAUGGAUGUAGCUCGCACUUCAUUGCGAAUAUCUUUUAAAAAGUAACGUUAAUAAAAUGUAAAUGUCAGUGAUGAUGUUCCUAAACUAAACUGAAAUGAGUAUUAUCUAAAUAAACAGACAGCUUAUUAUGAAUGAUGAGCUAGUCACUCUUUUCAGUGGGCGAGAUGAAACCUAAACUUUUCAGCAAAUUGGUUCGCAAAGGUUUCAUUUCGAAGCUUCAUGUGCACACAAAACCACCUGUUGGUCAAGAGUGUAAAACAGAUGAUCUCAACCAUCUCUAUGUUGCGCCAGUAAAGGCUUGGGAAUAAUGACAGUCAACAAUGAAAAAAGAAAGAAAUCAAUUUCGAUGUAAUCCAUGUAGGGGUCGACCGAUACAGUUUUUUUUCAGGGCCGAUAUCGACACCGAUUAUUUGUAGUUAAUGAAGCCUAUAAGGGAUAUUUGGAACCGAUAUGCAUUUACAAUAAAAAUCUAAAAUGUUUUGUCAAAAUUAACAUUUUGGAAUGUUACAAACACAAAAGUUUACAACUGAAACACUAAACAUAAUGCACAGUACUUGUUUAACUAUGAAAAUUAUGUAGAGGGGAGAAGUUAUCCAUUUUAUUCAGGAACAAUAAUUUCUCAAAUUUGUUAGGGCUUCGGCACAUUGGUCUAAAACAAUACAAACCUCAAAACACGCUUCAUGCACUUCCAGGAUGACUUGACCCACUCUCCGAAGCCUCGGCUCAGCACAGCAAUACUUUUCAGAUGUCUUCAGUGUGUGCCCACCAGGUGCACAGUAGUAGGACUGGGUUUACCAACAGCUGUUAUAAUGGGCUGUAUCCUGGACAUAUCCACACCACCCCCAUCCAGAAAGCCGUGUUGGCUGUUGGGUCAGGUGUGGCUGCACUACACGACCCCCACAGACAUGACAUGGUUGCAGUGCUCGGGGAGGCGACGGGGCACCUAGCAUUGAUAAAUCUCAGGGACAAGAUGAGAAACGACCCUGAAGGCUACACAAUCCUUAAAGAAAGGCCCCGGAUCCGGCUUUCUACACUUGAUCUAAGCGAGAUGGCCUCUCUGCCAGACGGAUCUUUUGGGAGGGAAUACCUUCGCUUCCUGGAGGACAAUGAUGUGACCCCCGACUCAAGGGCAGACGUAAGGUUUGUGGACGAUGAGGAGCUCGCUUACGUCAUGCAGAGAUACAGAGAGGUCCAUGAUUUGCUGCACACCUUACUGGGCAUGCCCACUAAUAUGUUGGGUGAAGUGGCAGUGAAAUGGUUCGAAGCUGCUCAGACUGGGCUUCCUAUGUGUGCUCUUGGAGCUGUGUUGGGGCCACUUCGGCUGAGUACAAGCCGUUUAAAGUUGCUGUUCACAUCCUUGGGCCCUUGGGCUCUGCGGAAUGGUCAUCGGGCCCGCUGCGUCCUCAGCAUCUUCUACGAGAGACGAUGGGCGCAGAGCAUCGAAGACCUCCGACAAGAGCUCAACAUAGAGCCACCUCCUGUCAUAGUCAGGGCUACCAAAAAGAGGAACACCUGAGAAAGACAAAAAAAAAAA